GUGAAGGCGGCCUGGCAACGAUUCCCCGUACCGGGCAUCGGCGUUACUGGUAUAUCCCCGAGUUCAGAAUGCACGGCUGACGACAUGACGCACCGGAGCUCCGACAGGCCGCAACCGUCCAUUCCCUUGCUUACAUUCCGGUUGCCGAGGAUGCCAGCCAGUCAAAUGAACAAUGCCCGACAUCGAUCGUCGUUAAUAAAAGCCAUGCACCGCUAACUACCUAGGUCCCAGUGAAUGAAGCAAUACGUGUCCGACUUCAAUAUCGUUGAGUUUCAAUAUCCUUGAGUUUUAAUAUCCUUGUAUUGCUACCAUCCGCAAAUUCUCUGCAUCACCAUGUCGGCGCCCGCUUUCGACCCCUUGUACGCUACUCCGGGCCCCUUCACCGGAUUCCCCGGGAAGGGUCUCCCUGAUAUCAGGCGGUACAUCACCACCCACAACGCCCAAGGCGAGGGCGUUUUCCUCCCGUCCGACAAUGGCGACAACAAAGCGCUGAUGGCCAACGGCCGCGGCGUCCAAAAUGUCCUCUACACAACCAAAGGCGCGGCCGUGGAUCUCAACGGCGAGGCAGACAUUGCUUGGGCACGAGACAAUAAGCCCGGCCUCCACGUCCCCGAUGGCACGCUCGUGCGCAUGAUCGACUUCGCGCCCGGGGUGGAGUCGCCCAUGCACCGCGCCAUGUCGCUGGACUACGGCACCGUGGUGGAGGGUGAGUUCGAGGUGGAGCUGGACAGCGGCGAGAAGCGCACGAUGCGGCCCGGCGACGUGCUGGUGCAGCGCGCCACCGCCCACAAGUGGCGCAACCUGUCGCCCGACAAGCCCGGCCGCAUGCUGUUCGUGCUGCUGGAUUGCAAGCCGAUGGAGCCCAUCAACGGCAAGGAGUUCAAGAUCGAGCUCAACGAGCUGCAGCCCGACUUUCCGACAAACCACUGAGACUGCGGGGAAUGAUUUUCGGGGCAUCUGUGUGUGCGGUUAUGCAUGGUUGUGCAAGGACAAGGCUCUCUUGGGUUUGCCAUUGGGAGCCAUUACCACACCUAGGUAGUCGGUAGAGAGCUGAAAUAUACUGUGG